AUGUCUGAAUCACAGAUUAUUGAAAAUAUUCAAGUGUCUUCUAAAGACAUUUAUGUGAUAGAAGACAAAAAUGAUGAAGCAUUUAACUUAGCUAAUGGAAUUACCACUACUUUAAAUGCAGCUAUUAAUUCUCUUACUUCAGUUGUACCAUGGUUAGCUACAGCAGCAGAACUCAUUAACGAAAUCAUAAAAAUUUAUGAGACAGCCCAAUAUAACAAAAAAAAUUGUGCAGCUUUGAUGGACCAAAAAAUUAAAGAAUUCAUAAAUGAUGUAACUCAAUUAAAAGGACUGGGUAAAUAUGUAAUUGCAACCAAUAUUGAAAAAAGGUUUAAACAAUUAACGGAAGAAUAUGAGGCCUGCAUGAAAGAUUUAAGUUUUACAUUGAUCAUUACCUUUGAUGAACAACGAAGAAUCGAUCGAGAUAGUUUGACGUCUGAUUUAAGUGAAAUGACAAAG